AUGAACAUUCACACAAAGCUCUCCUCCCCCGGAGAAAUAACAGUUCACUAUGUUGGCAGUGACUCUAUUUCUCUGAGCUGGCUUCCUUUUGACCCGGCACAGAGGUACGAAUUGACCUACUCCUGCCACACCCAGAGAGAGAUCCUGUCGAUCCAAGGAUCCAACAGCACUGACGUGAAAGGCUUGUACCCAGGGACAGAGUACACUUUCAGCGUCACAUUGGUCAGUGACGAUAGGAAUCAGAGAGCAUCGGUCACAGUAUCCAUGUAUACAAAACCUGUGCCACCCGAAAAGAUAAAGAUAGAUCAUGUCAGCAGUGAAUCAGUGUCUCUGAGUUGGGACAAACGUGUUGGUGUUCCUGAGGCAUGUCUCGUGACCUGUUCCUGUGACGGAGAGGAAGUCCAGAAGAUAACAACUGUAUCCAACACCCUGACGUUCUCCAGUCUGAGUCCAGGUGUCAAAUACUCCUUCCACAUCUCUACGAUGCUGAAGAACGGGACCCAAAGCAAGUCUGCUGUGACAUAUGCACGCACAAAAACCCACCUGGAAAGCUUGCUGUUGGACCUGGGGUUGGAGCAACACUACACAGAGAAGCUCACCCUGAGCACCGUGCUGCAGAUUGAUGAGAAGACCGUCACAGAUGAACCCGCUCAGACUCUCUCAGCCGUGCCAUGGACUUUCCUGAAGAGGUUGAUGAUGGUUAAUGUAACAGCUAGGAGUGUGAAAUGUACGUCAUCAGGAGGUGAGACAAGUUGCGAUGCUUCAUUUGGCAACAUUGACCUAGAUCUGGAGAGUCUGGUUGAUAACUUGAACUCUAGUAAUGUUGUGAACCCCUUAGACGUUGUGACGGCUCUCUUUCUGUGCUCUAACGGUUUUCUGCAGCAAGAGAUGGCUUUGAAAAUGUCAAUGUGUCAGUUUUCUGUGCCCCUGCUUCUCCCCAAUUGUGACACAGAAAAGUGUAUGCUCAUGCUUUGGGCAAUGCGAGACAUUGUCAAGAAGUUCAGACCUCAUUCAUUGGCAGACCCAAGAGGAUUUGUUGAAGACAGGAUUGUUCUCUCUGACCUCCCCAUGGUCUCUUUUGUCAGAUUGGGUGAGUGCUCGGUGUCCAAGUCACAGAUUCUGAACAAGCUUCUGAGUAAUCCACAACAGUAUCACGACACAUUUGUCCACCACGAUAUGGAAUGCGGUGAUAGUCCAAGGAGGAUAUCCAAUGGAUUGGUUGAGAUAAGCUGGUACCUCCCAAGUGGGAAAAAAAACAUUGACAUUUUUGGUGAAGCUGUUGCUGUAACCAAUCUGAGAGGGGACAUCAGUUCCUUUGAGACCCAGUACUCCUUUCUUUGUCAGACCUCUGCAGCAGUCUUUGUGUUCUUUGACAACCUGGACAACAAGUACAAGCUACUGACCAGCCAACACACCAAGGCACAGCUGUUUCUGGUGGGUAACCCACAGAGCAAGAGUUUCAGCAUUGAUGCUUUAAAGAAAACAGCAGCAGAGUUGAACUUGAAGAAAAGCAACAUCAUCCUGAAAACCAAACAGAUGAAUGAUGCAGACUUUGUGAAGAACCUGCGAAACACAGUUGGUGAGGUGAUCAAGAGUUCAUGUUCUAAAAUGCCAUUGGAGCAGAUGGCUGAAGUGGCACACGAGCUUGGGAUCUUGGUUGAUGAGGACUGCCAAGAAUGUCAGAUUGCCAAGCAAAAUGCUGAUGCAAUCACGUCAAAAAUUAAUGACACACCACAGUAUAAGGAAAUACAUCUUCCCUUGCAAGGACAGAUCUGGAAGGAGCUGGCACGUCUAGAGAAAGAGGAAUGCAGACUGCGGAAAGCUGGGGAGAUGAACAUUGAGACGUACAAAAAUGAACUGCAAGCAGAGAAAAGACAACUUAGGGAACAGCAAAGGAGGUAUGACAUGUCAGAGGCAAUGACUUGCUUCAUACAUGGAAUAUCAGGCACAGGGCUAGAGAGGUCCUACUUCUUGAAAUGGAUGCGAAUGAACCUGGACAAUCUGUCUCGUAAAAACCUUUCUGGCCUUAGGGAGCUGUACAAAGAAAAGUCUCAGAACUCAUCUGAAACCAAAGAAGAAAUUGUAUACCUUGAUAGACAGAUUUCAAACAGUUCUUUAGGAACUGAACAUUUCCUACGGGAAAUGGGUCAACUGUACGAAUCUGCGGUCUUACUGAGCGAAACUGAAGAGUCACGGCAACAAUUGCAGCACCUGCCCAGACUAUGUGCUGAGCUGCUUCUGGAUGGGUUCCCUCUGGAGCUGGUGGACGGAGACGCGUCCAACAUACCUCUGAGAUGGGUGAGUGAUGUGCUGCAUCAGCUCAAUGUCUUGGUGCAGCCGAAGAACAAGAUCCUGGUGGUAACGGUUCUAGGUGUUCAAAGCACGGGAAAGUCCACUCUACUGAACACUAUGUUUGGAGUGCAGUUCGCAGUCAGUAGCGGCAGAUGCACAAGAGGGGCUUUCUUGCUUCUCAUCAAAGUCAAAGAGGACUUCAAGAAAGAGCUGAACUGCGACUUUUUAGUGAUCAUCGACACAGAAGGGCUGAAGUCACCAGAGCUUGCACAGCUGGAUGACAGCUUUGAGCAUGACAACGAGCUAGCCACUCUAGUUGUUGGGCUGAGUGAUGUCACAAUAAUCAAUAUUGCCAUGGAGAACUCAACCGAGAUGAAGGACAUCCUUCAAAUUGUUGUCCAUGCUUUUCUCCGGAUGAAAGAGGUGGGAAAGAAGCCCAAGUGUCUGUUUGUCCACCAGAAUGUGGCAGAUGUCUCGGCACACGACAAGAACAUGAGAGACCGUAAAAUGCUCUUGGAGAAAUUGAACGAGAUGACCCAGGCAGCAGCCAGCAUGGAAAACAAAGAAGAGAACAAGAUCUUCACUGAUGUAAUGGAGUACAACCCAGAGACUGGUAACUGGUACAUCCCUGGACUUUGGCAUGGAAACCCUCCAAUGGCACCUGUCAACGCUGGGUACAGCGAGUCCGUCUACGAGUUUAAAAAAAACAUGAUUGAAGUCUUGGAGAAAUGUGAGGCCUCUGGAAACAACAUAACAGAGUUUCUGGAGUGGACAAAAAGCUUGUGGAAUGCUGUGAAGUAUGAAAACUUCAUUUUUAGCUUCAGAAACAGUCUAGUGGCUGAUGCCUACAUGAAGUUGUGCACUGAGUUCCACAAAUGGGAAUGGUCAUUCAGAAAGCACAUGUAUACUUGGGUAACAAAUGCUGAAACAAGGAUCUCCAACUUUGGGACAAUCACUGUGAAAUCUGAGGCAUCAGACAUGAAAGACUUUAUUGGCAAAUUGAAAAACAAAGCUUUGUUUGAGCUUUCCAAAUGGGAGAAGACCAUUCUUGACAACUUGACCAAGUAUUAUGAACAGACAGAAGGCCAUGUGCAUCUAGUGGAGGGGUACAGAGAGGUCUUCUCCAACAGUGCAAAAAGCCUUCGACGAGAAAUGGAGAACUCUGUGCUGAAUCAACUUGAUUCAGCUGCUGAGAUCAGACAGGGAAUGAACAAUCUGGACACAAUAAAUAAGACCCACACAGCAAGAAUAGAAGAGAAUGUUCUGGGAUUGAUUGAGGAAAGCAGGAAGAGCAAAUCUGAGAAGUCGGAUCGGGAACUAGAGAGAGAUUUUGAUCAGAUGUGGCAUGAAACUGUGCAGAAGUUGUCCUUCCCAGGAUUGAAGAAGGAAAACAUUGUUGGAAAGAUUUUUCGCCAGCUCCGUUCAAACUUGACCCGGAAGGGAAGUUCUGUGAAUGAAAUGAUAGCUAGAGUAAAGCUGGAACAUUUUGGAAAAGAGCCAUUCAAAGUGCCUUCUGAUGGGUUUGUAAGGAAAGUAAAACAAUGGCUUCACUUGGAUGAACACACACAGAAAACCCAGUUGAUGGCUGACAACCUCAUAGAGGCUUGCAGACAAUUUGUGUUGGAGCAGGUGGAAAGGGAAACAGAUUACCAUGAGAAUUAUAUUCAGGAGAUCCUACACAUGAUUGAGGAAAGAUUAAAAGCCAACAAAGAUCUUGAGACUGAUGUCAAAUUUGAAGUGUUACUAAAACUACAUAUCUGUGGAGUUGCAGCCAGGAAAUUUCAGCAAAUGCAUGAACAUUUCAUAGAAGUCAAUGACCCACGCCGAUGCCUUGAUCUGUACAAAGACAAGUACUGCUCUGACUUCAAGGACUUGUUCAAUGAACGAGACCAGUGUCAGAAAAAAGCGAAAGAAUUCACAUGCCUCUGCCUCAGACCUGCACUGGAAGAAAGUGUUGCCCAUUCCUUGGGUCCAGAUAUCGUUGAUGAAAUGCUGACAGGAAAAAAUGCCCUUCAAUUCAGCACUCGUGCAUUUUUCCAGUACUCAAUCUUGAAACAUUUGCUUUCAGAAUUAAACUUUGAGAACUAUGACAGCUACAUUUGUUCGUAUGAAAAGUUUGUCAAGGAUUGGAUAUUUGAUCAAAUCAGGGAGCGCUUUUCAAAGGGACAAAAAAUGUUUCAGUUGGAAGACAAACAUCUGAAAGCAAUCGUCAAGAAAAUAACGGAUGCCAUCACAACGGCCCAAACCAAGAAAAACAGCAACUUUGAGGACUUCAUUCAGAACAUUUGCAGGGAGCUUGGAGAUACACUGGUCAUUCCCAAGGAUGCUCUGAGUGCCUUCAUGAUCCUCAAUAAUGCUGAACAAGAGCAGUUUGCCCACUGUCUCAAAACAUCUGUUGAAGAAAUGGAACAAUCCCUGAGGACCAAGUUCCAAGAGGGAGUGGAUGCACAGAGAAAACUGGAACAAUUGAGGAUUAAACCACAGAAUGUUCUUUUCAAAAGAGUGUUCGGCUGUGGGAAGCAGUGUCCAUUCUGCAAGGCACCGUGCGAGGCAGGAGGAGAGGCCCACACAGACCACUGUGCCUCAAUACACAGACCACAGGGUCUGGGCCAGUACAGGUUUGUGUACUCAAGGAAACUCGUGACUGAUAUCUGCUCCUCCUCUGUGUUCAGUGAGCAACAAUUCCAAUGCUACGAGACAAAACAAAAAUACCAUCCUUACAAAAAGUACAGAGAGAUUUUCCCCAACUGGCAUAUCCCGGCCGAUCCUAGCAUCGAGGCCUCAGACUACUGGAAAUAUGUGAUGGCAAAAUUCAACAAUGAAUUUGCCAGAAAAUAUGACGCACUCCCAGCAAAAACACCACCUGCCUGGAAAUUGAUCACAAAGGAACAGGCAGAAAAAAGCCUCAAAGAGUCUUUUAGCAUCAAGUGAGAGCCUCUACCUCAAAUAGGAAUUGUAAUAUAAUGAACAAUGGUGUCGGGCCAUAGUCUAACAAAAGACAUUACCUGCAAGAAUAAAUGUCAGAUUUCAAAUAUGAAUUUUUCUGUAUCUGUUUAUGUACGUUUUCACAAUCAAAACCGUGGUCCUUGCCAUCUGCUUCAUGAGCAGUAUGUUCUCUAAAUUGAAGAGCCUUGGAAUGGGGGCUGGAAUGAUAAUCUGUUAUACACUGUGCCUCAACUACUUGUCACUACUCUGUUUUUGCAUAGCUUGAAAGCAAUUCGCAAAAGAUACAUCAGUCCUUAAACUUGAUGUGUCUACUUGGUAGGCACUGACAACGAUCAACAAGGAAUCUAUUUUCCAAUGCUUUAUAGGGGCAAUCAGCAGUUGCUAAAUCCAUUUCUGGACUUAGAAAUGAAUCAUCAUAUGUAACCAUUGA